UCCCACUACUUCCUUCUAUGGAUGCCUCAAGUAGUCGUCAUGCAAGAGAUGAAUCGCAUAUAUUCUCGUCAUCUGAUGACAAUGCCAUAAUGAAAUACAUACUCGCCACCCAUGCGCCCAAUGGCACCUAUUUCGACGUCAAACCGUUUCUUGAAAUCAUUGAGAACAUCGUGCAUAUGGCCAAUCAAGCUAAUCAAGCAGAACCAGGUUCAACAGUUGAGCGUCGUUUCAUCUCUAACGACGUCAAUGAGAUUCUUGAAGUUAUGGCGAUCACAAUCAAUAAGGUUUGCUGUGAGAUUUCUAGCAAGUGUAUUGGAGGUGGAGACGCACACACAACCACCAUGGGGAUUUUGAACAUGCUUUCCAACUACGCGUGGGAUGCAAAAGCUGUUAUUGCUCUAUCAGCUUUUGCAUUGAAUUAUGCCGAGUUUUGGUUGGUGGCUCAGCUUUACAUUUCCAACCCACUCGCGCGAUCAGUGAGCCGCCUCAAGCAGUUGCCUGAUAUGCAGGAAAGCGGUAACGCUCUUAAACUGCGGUUUCAAGCUGUCACCAACCUGACGAAGAGUAUGCUUGACCUGACUCGUUGCAUUGUAGAAAUUAAGAUGCUACCGGAGCAGUAUAUUAGCCCCGAGACUCCGGAACUGGUGAUAGCCACAACUCAUAUUGCAGCUGCAGUUUAUUGGAUCAUCCAAAGCAUUGUGGCUUGUGCGUCUAUACUCAUUAACCUCGUCCAAAAGGGACAAGAGCAUAUCGUGAAGACCAUAGACGGGUGGGAGCUAUCAAGUUUGGCCCAUAAGAUCAGUAACUUUCACGAUCACCUCAAAAAUCAGUUAGUACUUUGCUAUCAACACAUUGAUGAGAAGAAGAAGAAUGAAGCAUACCAAACGAUUGUUCGCAUCAUGGACACUCCACAUCGUGAUAAUGUGACGCCUCUCAAGCAUUUGAUCUACUCUAAGGAUGAUCAGUUACCACUGUACCGACUUUUUACAGACAAUCGAGUUAGCAUAGAAGCUCUAAAGAAGAAGAUUGUGUUGUUACUCAUUUCCGACCUUGACCUAUCGAUAGAAGAGUAUUGGAUCUUUAAUUAUAUGCAUGGCAUGAUGAGAAUGGAAACUGAGAACAAGUAUGAGGUCGUCUGGCUCCCGGUGGUGCCUGAUGAUACAGAAACACCAUUUGACGAAGUGCACCAACGUCAGUUUGAGGAGUCAAGAAGAAUGAUUCCAUGGUUUAUUUUGGUAUGUGACCCUUUAUUACUUCAACCAGCAGUAAUCAAGUACAUAAAGGAGGACUGGCACUUCAACCACAAACCAAUACUUGUGGUGAUGGAUCCUCAAGGGAGGAUCGUUAACACCAACGCGCUACAUAUGAUAUGGACUUGGGGAAUUGAAGCGUUCCCAUUCACUAGUCAGAAGGAAGAAGCCCUCUGGAAAGAGGAAACUUGGAGAAUGGGGCUGCUUGACGGUGGUUUUGACCCAAGGAUUUCCGAAUGGAUUGCAGAUGGAAAGUACAUUUGUUUGUAUGGCGGAGUGGACAUUGAGUGGAUACGUAAAUUCACACUCAUUGCAAAAGAUGUAGCCCGUGCAGCAGAGAUCCCACUUGAGAUGAUGUAUGUCGGGAAAAGCAAUACAUGGGAGAGGUUGCUAAGGAUCAACGAUAUAAUCAGGCGGGAGAACCUUGGCGACAUUCUUCUCUAUGAGCCGCACUACUUCUGGGUACGACUCGAGAAUAUGUUCUACUCAAAGUCGAAGCACAACAAGUCAAGCGACCUAGACCCUAUCUUACAAGAGAUCAUUACAAUGCUUACAUAUGACGGGAAUGAUGAGGGCUGGUCAGUGAUCUGUCAUGGCUCAAACGAUUGGAUGCAUAGGGCUAACGGGGAAACUGUUUUAACUGGUUUGACAAACUACAACGAUUGGAAGGAUAAUGCACAACAGAAAGGCUUUCUACCCGCUUUAAAUGACUAUCUUAUGGAAAUCUCGACCCCACAUCAUUGCAAUCGCUUGAUAUUGCCGGGAACCACCGGGCCCGAUAGGGUAGCCUGUGUUGAAUGUGGCCGAUUAAUGGAGAGGUUUGUCAUGUACCGAUGCUGCUUUGACUAAACUCAUAUAUAUGCAUCCUCAACAACAGUUGUUACAUAUAUAAAGAAUUACCCAUUAAUUUGCUGCCUAUAUAUUUAUGUUUGUAAUAAUCCUAUAGUGCUAACAAGUUGUGUAUAAAGAAACUUUUAUGAAUGAGCUCGCGAGCGAGCGGUGU